CCAUGAAAAAGCAACUUUGUUGUUAUCUGCGAGAAACAGCGAUAAAUACAGAGCCGGUCGAGGAGGCCAACGAAGGCCGGUAGUAUCGUCGUGACUGUCUCAUUGUAAACACGAUCGCGUGUGUGGUCAAACGAUAUAAAAACGAAAGGGGAUCUUACCGGUCGAGCUGUAUCGACGCUUCGCAGGCGAAACAUACCGGUCAGAGCUGCGGGAUCUUACGGGUCGAUUAGCAAAUCUUGAUCAGGUCUGCCGCGUCGUCAGUGAACGUAAACGUUUCGUUUCGUACAGUUCUCGUUCAUUUGGCGCGUCGUCUUUUCUUACGUCUCGUCUCGUCUCUACUCUCUUGGUGUAAACGGGAAUUGCGAGCCGUAUCACCGAGUUAGCUGCGUUCGUGUGGUGCUGGUUCGUGCGCGACUGUGUGCGACUGUGUGCGACUGUGUGCGAGUCUUCCUGUACGGCAUAGAGCGCGCAUGGUGCUCGUCCCUCGUCGCAGAGCAACGAUAUGACGAUGGAGCAUGAGAACGACACAAGGGUGAGGUUAAGGAGAACGAAAAGCGUGACACGGGCCGAGGAGAUCCAGAAGGCCGAAAUGCUGGCACGUAGGUCGCAGCCGGACAAACCAUGUCAUCGUCCCAGAGAUAGCCUGUUCUCCUGGAGCUCGGGCUUCGACAACUUCACGGGAUUCGUCAACUGGGGCUUCCUGUUGUUGGGCAUCGGCGGAAUCCGAUUGCUCCUCGAAAAUUUCAUAAAGUACGGGGUCAGAGUGGAUCCAUGGGAGUGGUUUCUGUUUCUCAGCGGCAAAUACGAGGGUGGCCAAGAGCAUCCGUCGAUUCUACUCAUCAUUCAUUCCACGGUGCCCGUAGGCCUGUGCCUGCUGAUCGAAAAAGGACUGUCGGUGGAUAUCAUAGCUCACGAGGCAGGAAUGGUGUUCCACGUCGUAAACCUCAUCGUGAUGGUGCUGGUGCCGAUGGUGGUCAUCCACGUGAAGGAUUCCGGAUUCAGCUUGUUCGGUGCGAUGUACGUGUGCAUGCUGUAUGCCAUCCUGUUCCUGAAGCUAUGGUCGUACGUGCAAGUGAACAUGUGGUGUCGGCUGAGCAAUCGGAGGAAGGCAACGAGCCAGGGCAUGCGACGGCAAUCCCUGUCGUGCAAUAAUCUACGCUUUUCCAGCGCGAAGCAAAACGCCGAGGAGGUCGACGACUCGAAGCACGAGGUAGACGGCGGUGGCACGGUCUUGGUGCAAUAUCCGGACAACUUGAAUCUCCGUGAUCUUUACUACUACAUCCUGGCGCCUACCCUCUGCUACGAACUGAAUUUCCCCAGAACACAAAGGAUUCGGAAAAGAUUUCUGAUUAAACGGAUCUUGGAGGUGGUGGUCGGUAUGCAAGUGGUGAUGUCGCUGUUCCAACAAUGGAUGGUCCCGUGUGUGAAGAACUCGCUGGUGCCGUUCAGCAUACCGAACCAUCUUGUCUGGCUGUGCUUCUUCUACCUGACUUUCCACUCGCUCUUGAACCUGAUCGGCGAGCUGUUGCAUUUCGCCGAUCGAAACUUCUACUGCGACUGGUGGAACGCGGACAACAUCGACACAUUCUGGAGGACGUGGAACAUGCCUGUCCAUCGGUGGGCCGUGCGGCACUUGUACAUCCCCAUCAUCGAAAUGGGCUAUGGGAAAACGACCGCGUCCGUCACCGUGUUCUUCAUCAGCGCCUUCUUCCACGAGUAUCUCGUCAGCGUGCCGCUCAAGACGUUCAAAACGUGGGCGUUCCUGGGAAUGAUGGGACAGAUACCAUUAUCACUGAUAAGUAGGAAGGUGGAGAAGCAUUGGGGCACCAGAUGGGGCAACAUCACGGUGUGGGCGAGUCUCAUUAUCGGACAACCACUUUGCAUAAUGAUGUAUUACCACGAUUACGUGAUAACUCACUUCGGCGAGAACCUGAUCGAGGAUCACUCGAUGGUGUAGAAGGAGGCGGAGACGAAUCGAACGCGCAAAGGUCGGGGAAGAAGGGUUGUUUCUGCCCGAAGAGUGAACGAGCCCAACUCGUCGAACUGUUCCAUCAAUCGUCAUCUUUUUUUUCCCCUUCGUUUCUCACGCCGUGCAGAUUUCUCACCUCCGUGUCGUGCGUAGGCUAUUUUUCAAUCGAUCCUUCGACGUUAACGCGAAUUUACGACGUUUCGUCGUUCCCCUCCGACGUUCGUCGCGACGACGAAACAGCAACGCGGACGGGAAUAUAGGGAUCGAUUGAAAAUCGAACGAGCCAGUGGCUCGAACUGCCUGGUUUUCAGGUCUAGUUUGUAUCGCCCGUUAAACUUUCAAACUUCCGGGCGCAAGUGCUAAUCCUGAAUUAAUAUCUCGAUUUUUUACUCGCGAGAUCGCGAAGAAUGGCCGAGUUGCAACAUUGGAAUUGCGCGAAGAAUCUUAACAGGGGAAACGCGAAAUGAAACGUACGGUCAGAGUGUUCUUUUCCUCGUUCACGCGCCGACGUUCGUCGAACUGUUGUCAGAUAUUUACUCGUUUCGUCAUUUUUAUGCAUGUUUUAAUAACAGCCGGCAAGGCUGUUUGCUCACUUUGAUACCAGCGUUUUACAGGUCGCUGCGCGUCCCGGCCUCGUUCGCGAUUUAUUCGCGGAAAAUCACGAUUACUUGAAACUGUUGAAACUACGACGUUGUACCGAUCGACGCAGAUGUAAUCAGCCAUUUUAACAUCGAUAUCGGCUGUGCGUACGCAUUUUUUAUCACUCGUGAAAAUCCUCGGACAUCGUUGACUUCGCGAGCCUGGGCCGCGUGAUAUUAUGCGCGCGUUUCAAGACAAUAAUUCAGCCAAUAUUUUUCCUAUGUAACGAUACUUUAUCGCUAGAGCUAUCGGGAGGGGCAGCGAGAGCGCAUCGAGGGUAUAUUAGCCGUAAUAAAUUUAUCCCGGGGCGCGCAGUCUGGCCCCGUUGCGUAUCCGGUGAAUAUUUCAAGGCAACCGGGCUGCGUAUCACGAAGAAGCAGAUGCCGAGGAUUUAACGAGGCAACUUGCUGCCAGUUGUAUACGAACACAGACGAUUUUCUAGAUUCCCGUUGUGCGCUAGCUAGCGCUCGCAUGCUGCACGAGCGCGGCUGUGUUGUCGAAUAAACGAGACCUUUGUUACCA